AUGACCGAAAAAAUCGUCUACGUUCACUUCUCCUACGACGACGAAACACCCACUCCCGUUUUGGAGGAGCUUUCAAAGUCUCGCAAUGGAUCUGUCUUCGCAGGUCUGAACUCUGCUGGCUGGCCAGGCAAAGGUGAAACCCGAAUUCUCUGGAACGAUACAUUCAGCGGCGAGGGUCGAAACAUUCUCAUUGCUGGAGCUGGUGCCAAGAACGCCAAAGACUACUGCGAGAUCGAAAUGCUCAACGAGCGACGUGAAAAUGCUCGUGUUGCCGCUGGAGCCGCUGUCAACGCUCUCAAGGGACUCAAAGUCGAUAAAGUUCUAAUGGAGCUUCUUCCAGGGUGUGAAACUGCCCAGGCUGAAGGAGCCCACCUCGCUCAGUGGCGAUACAAAGAAACCGAGCUGGCAAAGAUGCCGAAGCUCAUCGAGCCCAUCAAUGGCGCCCAUGAUGACUGGAUGACCGGUGUUCGAGCUGCCAAGGCGCAGAACUUUGCCCGUUACUUGAUGGAGUCUCCGGCGAAUCUUAUGACUCCAACGAUAUUCUGCGAAAAAGUCACUGAACGACUCAAUCCUCUGGGAAUCAAAUGUACUACUCAUGGAAAGGAUUUUAUUCUUUCCGAGAGAAUGGGAGCUUUCUGGUCUGUAGCGAAAGGAUCCGCCGAGGAGCCGAAAUUGUUGAAGCUUGAGUACAACGGUCCAAGCAACCCCUCCGGUAAGACAAUCUGCCUCGUUGGAAAGGGAGUCACCUUCGACGCCGGUGGAAUCUCAAUCAAACCAUCAGCAAACAUGGACGCCAUGCGAGCUGAUAUGGGUGGCGCCGCUGUCACCGUCUCUACCAUCUACGCCCUAGCCAUGGCCAAAGCUCCCGGCAAGUAUGUUGCGCUGACGCCCCUUGCAGAGAACUUGCCUUCUGGCACUGCAAACAAGCCCGGAGAUGUCGUAACUGCUCGAAAUGGAAUGACCAUCCAGGUUGACAAUACAGAUGCCGAGGGUCGACUUCUUCUUUGCGAUACACUCUGCUACGCUUGCGACACGAUCAAACCUGAUGUCAUCGUCGAUUCGGCCACUCUUACUGGAGCCAUGUGCGUCGCAACUGGCUGGGCCUGUGCCGGUUGCUUCACAUGGUCGACCGAUUUGGCAACGAAGCUGACCGCGGCUGGUGUCGAGACUGGAGACCGAAUCUGGCGAAUGCCCGUCUUCAAUUCUCACAAGAAGAAGAUCAGUCCAGCGCAGCUUGCUGAUCUUAACAACACUGGUCCUCGAUGGGGAGGCGCAUGCAACGCCGCUGCGUACCUCCGAUCCUUCGUCCCCGCUGAUGGCCCCGAAUACGCGCAUCUCGAUAUCGCCGGGGUGAUGGACACCUGCCCUGGCGCUGAUGAUCCGUCGUACAUUUCCAAGGGCAUGACCGGCCGCCCCACAAGAACUCUAGCUGAAUUCUGCCGAGCUUACAGCUCAUCUUCAUAA